AAGGAAGGAUCAAAAGGCAGCUAAUAACACCCACACUGACCAGUAUGUAUACUGCAGGAAAGAUCAAGGAGGAACCCAAGCAGGAGUUCCAACCGGUCCUUUGCGACAUGUGUGUGGACACCCAGGUGCCCGCUCUGAAGACUUGCCUCAAGUGUGAGAUCUCCAUGUGUGCUCAGCACCUCCAGGCCCACCUCACCACGCCGGUCCUGCUGCAGACUCACCCCCUGACCAAGCCCACAACGCCCGGGGGUCUGAGCUCUGGAGCCGUCCGCUGCCCUGAGCACGGCAAACUCCUCGAGUACUACUGCUUGGACGACCGCACCUGCGUGUGCGUGUCCUGCUCCAUCGAGGACCAGCACCGACUGCACAACAUGAAGAGCCUUCCCAAUGCUCACAAGGUGCUGGUGGAGAAGCUGAGGGAGGAGCUGAAGGCGCUGGCCGAGCGAGAGAAACAGGGCAAGGCGCUGAAGAGCUGGGAGACGAAGCAAACAAAGGCCCUGGAGGUAUCUACCGAGUAUCUGGUGAAGAGGGUGUCAGCGCUGCGUGAUAUCGGCCUGAACAAAGUGCAAAGCUCGGUCACAGCUCGUCUUGGAGCCAUCCAAACAGCCAGACAGAACAUAGAAGCAGCCCUGUCAGAAGAAGAUGCCCAUAUGUUUCUGCAGAGGUUUGCAGGGGUGCACGAGGCUGUGGAGAAAGCCCGCGCUGUAGACUUCAUCCAUGGAUUAGAAGAGGAGGCGGAGCCUGCAAAGGUUGUUUAUGACAUUCUUAAGAAUGGCCAUCAGGUCAUGGAGAAGGUGAGAAAGCUGCAGCGAGACCUCCUGGUCUUGGUCGAUCCGGAUAAACUUUACUGGGGCAGAAAUGAACUUACAGAUGUGAGCUUUGACCCUCAGACCAUAGGGCAAUAUUUUGUUCUGUCUUCAGAUUUUAAGGCACUGUCAUCUAACUCACCAGAAUGUGUCUCUCAAAGGGUUUUCCUUCAGAAUAGCACAAAUGAUAAUCUUUCCUGGACAAUUCAGUUUUCUGAGAAAUAUGAUUGGAGUGUUGGCAUUGGUGCAAAAAAUCUUCCCAGCGAAGCAUCCAGUGGCUGAAUGGUCCACUUUAUGGGCUGGAGUGGAGGGAUAAAAGGUUUUUGGCACUCCACACCAAAGCCAUUAAGAAGAAAGGUGGGAUGAAAGUUGAAUCUUAUUCCAUUCAAUGUGACAUUAUUAACUACCCAUCGAAAUCAAGCACUUCUUUUGACGGCAAAAAAAUAGAGGUCCAUUUGGAUCAUUCAAAUCAGUUGCUGUCCUUUUUCAUAAGGUGUGAAUACGAGGUCAUUUGUCUUCACCGUGUAGAAAUUGGCCGCUUUUUUUUUCUGUCCACUGCACUCCCAUUUGUCAAACUGGAGAAAAGAGAAAAGGAGAACUCCUGCGGGGCUUCACGUCUUGGCCAAUCAUAUCCUUCUGGAAAAUCAAGCUGUGGAAACAUACGCUGUGAUAACUCACAGAUCUCACCAUAUGUGGAUUUUGUGUGCGCUCUUGAUGAUGAGAAUUUACAGACUGUCUACAGUCGUGGCAAAAAGUCCACCCCUUGAAUUUUAGUUUGAGGCACAAAGUGUAUAUUUACUUUUUCAAGAACAGAUUCUUUUGUUUCAGGGUAGUCUUCAGGGUGCAUUUAUGGUUAAUGAUUAGAAAUUGAUUUCAUAUAUAUAUUUUGCAGGAGAGCUGACAACUAAAAUGAGUGUCAAAAUUAAACAUUUUCUGAUUUAUGACACUGUAAUGCUUGACCUAACAGACGUACAUAUAACAAUAUGAAUAUCUGAUUAAUUGAAUGUGUCUUGUCGUUUUUCUUGUCACAAUGAUCAAGACAGUAUUGUCUUGCCCUGUGUUCACACAAAAGGAAAUGUACCACAGUUCAAAUCAGCUGAUGGAAUGUUUAUUUGUGGACAGAUGGAAUGGAUUGGAGUGCUGAUGUAGACAUGUGAAAAUGAUGUGUCUGGUGGAAUGAAGUAAAAAUGUAAUAUAACAAACCAAAAGUGCAGAAAGAAAGAUGAAAUAAAAUCUCAUUUGUGCGUCAGUA